AUGGCGUGGGCAGACACGGCGCUUUCUUGCCACUCGGCCCAAAUAGCCACAAGACCCCCCCAGGCCCCAUGGGACACGCACCUGUCUGUAGCCGUGCUGCUGGGCACUGCCCGCUCCGCGUGGGUGGUGAAUGGCUUGGUCAUCGCGGUUUCCACCAGGCACAGGAAGCUCUGGGCCCCCCUGAACUACAUCCUGGUGAACCUGGCUGUGGCCGACCUGCUGGUGACACUGUGGCAGCUCCGUCAGCUUCUCCUGAUGUCAGGGCACCUGAGGGAUGGAAAUGCUGCUGGAAGAACAGGCGUCUCUCGUUCUCUUCAAAACUCCCCACAAGCUGCGAUGCAGCUGCAGGAAUCGGACACAACACAGCAGAUACAGAGGGAAGUGACUUGCAUGAUGAUCACGCUGGUGAUGGCCUUUCUCAUCUGCUGGCUGCCCUACACUGCCUUUGCCCUGGUGGUGGCCAGCAACAAAGACAUCGCCAGCCAGCCGCUCGCAUCCCUGCCCUCCUCCUCCAAGACUGCCACGGUUUACAAUCCAAUCAUCUACACCUUCAUGAACAAACAGUUUCAGAGCUGCCUGCUGAAAAUGGUGGGCUGCGGUUACCAGCCCUGGGGGCCGGGAAAAACCACCCCAGCUGCCCCCAGCCCCCACCUCCGCAUUGCUGCAGAUGGGCUGUAGAAUUAGGUGACACCAUCUCACCCUAACUGCAGCUUCAGGCUCUGCCCGUCACGCCCAGCCUCGCUCAGCAUGGGCACAGGGAAGGGCGGUGCUGUAGCUGCUCCCCACACCCAGGAGAUGGGUGGUACUUAGAGGGGUCCCCAACAGCCCUCACACAGUCCCCAGAAAGACACAGCGUUAUCUCCUUGUGCAAGAGGAGCCAGCCCUGUCAUGGGAUGAACUACAAACCUUUUAUUUUGCUCUCCCAAGGAAACACCCCUCCUUCCAGCCCCUCACCUCAGGGAAUCAGAUGUCUUUUAAAGACCACCGCCACCACACAUACACCAACACCCUCCCUCCAUUUUUCCUCAAUGCAAAACAUCCCAAGUUGCUGUUCAGCCCCGGGCUCAACACAGGCCGGCUGUGAUGCCACCUCCAAAGGGUCUGUAGGACAGAGCCGCACGCCCGGCCACCAGCCCCAGAUAAACCAAGCCCUACUUGCAUUGCCUGCCCUCACCAUGAAGUUUGGGUCACACUGUUAAAGUGGUUAAAAUCCAGCAGGUAUGUUUAAGUGCAUUAAUAAAUAAACAUUGACAAGUUCACAUGCAUCUGUUUUACCAGCUUGAUAGAGGGUUGGACAGAAAACACUUCACCUCCUGCUACUACAGCUGGCAUUCCUCUCAUGGCCAAGUGCCACAGAUGACAUCAUAACAGAUAGCAAGGAAAAAUGCAGUUCAAAGAAAGAAAAUUAUAUUUUUUUAUAUAUAUUUCAGGCAAUAAGGAAAGGUCUUAAAUCCAUUAUUUCCCAGCAAGGGUGAAACACAGGUUGUAACAGGCCCCGAGGAC